AUGGUAACUCAUGUGAAGGGAGAAAAAUCCUACCUGUUUGAGACCAUUGACAUGAAGGUGCAAAGAGUCUGCAGAUUUUGCGUCUAUUUACUGGGAAAGUAUGGACAGAAGAAAAUCAGAGAAAUCCAAGAAAGAGAAGCAGCUGAAUACAUUGCCCAAGCACGAAGGCAGUAUCAUUUUGAAAGUAAUCAGAGGACAUGCAAUAUGACAGUGCUGUCAAUGCUUCCAACAUUGAGGGAUGCCUUAAUGCAUCAGUUAAAUUCUGAGAGUCUUACGUCUCUGCUUAAAAAUAGGCCAGCAAACAAGCUAGAAAUAUGGGAGGAUUUAAAGAUAAUAAGUUUCACAAGGAGUAUUGUGGCUGUAUAUAGUACCUGUAUGCUAGUAGUUCUUUUACGAGUCCAAUUAAAUAUUAUUGGCGGUUACAUCUACCUGGAUAAUGCUGCAGUCUGCAAAAAUGACACAACCCCCCUAGCUCCUCCUGAGGUCCAGCAGCAGUAUUUAUCGAGUAUUCAGCACCUUUUAGGAGAUGGUCUGACUGAAUUAAUAACUGUUGUUAAACAAGCUGUGCAUAAAGUUUUUGGAAGUGUUUCCCUUAAGCAAACUUUGUCUCUUCUGGAGCUGGAACAGAAACUUAAAGAUAUCAGGAAAGUAGUGGAAUGUAAAGAGUCAGAUAAGAUUACGUCUUAUUAUCCCUUGUGUCAUUAUCUGAUGCCAGAUGAAGAAAACCCCCUGGCUAGCCAGGCCUGUGGACUCACGGAAAGGGACACUGCUACAAUUAAAUUACUUAAUGAAACCAGAGAUAUGCUAGAAAGUCCAGAUUUUGUUACAGUUCUAAGCACAUGUUUAAACAGAGGAUUUAGUCGACUGCUGGACAACGUGGCUGAGUUUUUUAGACCUACUGAGCAGGACCUCUGUCAGAAUGGCUCUGUAAAUAGUCUUUGCAGCGUCAGUCUUCCUUUAGCCAAGAUAAUUCCAAUAAUAAAUGGACAGAUCCAUUCAGUAUGCAGUGAAACUCCCAGUCAUUUUGUGCAGGACCUGUUGAUGAUGGAACAAGUGAAAGAUUUUGCUGCUAAUGUGUAUGAAGCUUUUAGUACCCCUCAGCAACUAGAGAAAUGAACUGCACAUGAAUAGGGAUAGAUCAUGUAUUUAUAACACAUCUCUUGCAACUACUGAUGAGAAAAAGCUGAUCUUAUUAUGGUUAGGAGGGGUAGACUAGCAGAGGGAAUAUACAUACUGAAAAAGUUAGGAGUGAGCCCAUAUUUGUUCUGUCUCAGAAUUCUGCUUAAACUGUCCCUUUAAAAUAUUCUUACUGAAAAAAACCCUAUAUAUAAAGACUUUCCUAUUAAAACCUGGCUAAAAGCUU